AUGGAGGGACAGUCCAACACGCCCUUUCCGAUGCUUUUGCAGCAGCGGGGUACUCGAUUCUACCAUCGAGACUUCAACGGAGGCAUACCAGUUAAAUAUAUGUCAGGCUUGCUGCCGUUCUACGCAGACCUAGCAGGUACCCUUGCGGUUACACCCGGCCAAAUUGUCUACGUGAAGCUCUGCGGAGACUUGGGCUGGGCCAUCGCUGCGUGGUGGAUGCUUGCUCAUGUCCAGGGACACGAGUGGCACCUCCUUCCGAGUGACGCUCUCGCAGAAAACGCUGGGGGCGGCCUGCAUGCACGUCUUCUCCCUGCGGAAAACGUCAAGGGUCGGGCCUGUGGUCCAGGCAUGGAGGGUGCCAUCGUGGGUUCCAGUCAUCCAUCUGCCGGGAGCGAGAUGGUAACGCGCGCUGGGCAGAAUCGUUUCGAGCCGGGGUACGAAGUUGCUGGCCGCCUGCAGCUUGAGACGUUGCCACAGCACGACUUUCUGAACCACCCGCGCGCUCAAGCUCCCAGAAUGAAACUCAACGUGUCGUACGACUGCGUAUCGCUGAGCUCCGCCCUCGCCGGGUGUGGUGUACCCUCUCUGGACGGGCCUAUCUUCGCAGCGGACGCUCCGAUCGGCGUGAAGAUGAGCAUCUGCCUAUGGAUAGAGGGUGUUCGAUCGCCCCGCCCGCUCGAAGAUGGCUUCUCCUCCAAGCAGUACCGCGUACGCACCGGAGAUGAGAAGUUCGGCCGACCGAUCACUCGCGCGAGGCUGGCCCAUAUCAUAGCUGUUGAGGUUUUCGACUUCAUGAGACGCCAUACAGUGGAACACAACGGCGAGGUCGUCGUGUUCGAGCAACUGUACUUGAAAACGGCGAGCCUGAAGUCGAAGGCGACCAUCCAGCCCGUUUUGUGUAUCCGCCCUUCAAGUACCGCCGGCAUCUCCGGCACCCUCCGCUCGGUUCAGCAUCAGGCGAUUUAG